AUGUCGAUUGAUCACUCGAAAUUCAUGACCGAUCUUCCGGCGGAUGAUCUGGACAAGCUGCGUACCAUUUCGGAUUCCUGGGCAGAUGGUGUAAAGACCAAUCUCAUGGAACAGAUAAGAAGAGGCCAUGAUGAGCUACGCAGAAUACAAACAGCACAGCAGAGCACCCGCACGCAAAUCGAAGCUGUAAAGGCUCAGCAUCAAAGUCUCAAAUCUGAGCGUGAUUCAAAGGCCCAAAAACUCGAGAAGGAAUGGCUCGCUAAACAAGCCGAAGUGGAGGAGCUACGCGGUCACAUCGACUCUCUCAAGGCUCAGAUGGUGAAUUCGGUCGAACAAUCAAGAAGUUUGGAUCCGCAAAUAGAUUCACUCGAAAAAGAACUGUUACAAAAGCAAAAUGAUGUGAAAAUGCAGAAGGGAGUGAACACCGUUCUCCAGUCGAAAUAUCAAUCGCUGCUUGGACUGAGGAUAGAAGCCAUGGAAGAGGAGGACGAACUUCAAUUUUUUAUGAACAACAUUGACGCAAGUGAUUAUGAUAGAGAGGUAUCUUUUGUCUUGACGCUUCAUGAUGAUUACUGUGUGAAGAAUUGCAAUCCCAAGGUUCCAAAGGAGGAGGUGGAUGGUAUUAUCAGUGAGUUGAAGAGCAGCCACGAGUUUGGCAGUUUUCUUAAGCAGAUGAGGUCGUUGCUGAAGUCGAGGAUUUAG